AACACCGCCCACUUCUGUCUCUCUUUUCUCAUGUAGCCUAAAGUGUGAAGUGAGGUACAUUGUUGCCAUCACUAAAAUGGGUUUCGUGUGUGAACUGUCAUGUGCAAGGAACGCAGGUGCUCGAGACUCAAACUAGGAACAAAGAACUUGCGUGGACUUUGGAGAAAUACUUGCGAUCCAAAUGUACCAUCCCAUUGUGGAAAUAUUUUGCCUUACGAAACUAUUUGAUGUACAGUAUGAGUGAGGCCUGAAGAAUCUGUAUGAUGUCAAAUUAUUCAGAUGGAGUUGACGAUCCCCACAUCGGCGUGCGUGUGUGGGCAUCUGCAGGUUCCUUCAUCAUUUUGUCUUUUUUUAAUCUGAUUAUUAAUUGGACUAUAGUGCGCGAGGAGCGCCUCCGGAGCCACGCGCGCUUCGUCCUGGUGUUCCACCUGUUGUUCUCUGCACUGAUGUACUUUUCAGUAUGUUUCGUUUUCUACUUACAAUUAUAUGUGAAAGCUGCAACCACCGCAUCCGUCUGCAUGGUGCUAAUACGAAUUCUGAUUACAAGCGGGUCCAAUAUCAUCCUCACCAUAACGGCCAUGGCGCUUGACCGUUAUUUUGCCAUAUGCUACCCGCUCCAGUACGGCAAAGUUUGUUUCAAAUCAUGGCCAUGGCUUGUUGGCAUCCUAUCGUGGGGACUCGCUUCAAUUAUUCCUCUCAGCCUUGCUCUCAAGAAAGGUAAUACCACAGUGGGCCAUAGUACAUGUGGAAGGAAAAAGUUGCAAGCAGGACAGAUGCACAAAAUCGUUUUAAUAUCGAUUUGUACUGUGCUCAUCGUGUACAGCUAUGUGCGGAUCUUGUAUGAAGGGCGACGUUCGGGCGUGCUCAAUCGGCGCAACCGAGCAGCUUGCAGGACUAUUGCUGUACAUGGCACGCAGCUCGCUGUUUACAUUGUGCCAAAUUUCGUACUCUUUUUGCUACAUAUUCUUAACAGCCAAAAAAUACUUGAAAGUUCUACUAAAGAGCUUUUUGCCGUCAUAAGUUUUGUCUUCUUCAGUUUGGCGCAAUGCAUUGCGCCGAUAGUGUAUGGACUUCGUAAAGAGGAACUCUUAGAGCACCUUAGUCAUCGCUUUCCGUGCUUGUCUGGUCGACUGAAGCGAGUUUUGGAGUGGACUGUCAACAUCACCAAUCCCAAACGGUGCCGCCAGCAAAGGGAACGCAGAAUGACUUCAGAGACUUUGUUAUCCAGGGAGAUCUCGCAGACUACUGUGUGAUCAUCUGUGGAUUAAGAAAACAAGCCUGAUGUUUUGUUGAAACUACCGAGACUGAAAGAAAAAUGUAAUGUUUCCCAAGCGUAACUCUUUCAGAAAGAAAGCCACACUUCAAGCAAUAUUUUUUAUCAUUUUUUUGUGUAUUAUCACCAGCAGCACCAGCUGAAAGGAUCUGGAAUCAGUCCUACCAAGUGAACAAGCAUGAGAAUUGUAUAUAUUUAUUUAACUGUACAAUAACUAGGAACAAUGACUCAUUUUUUGUAAUCUGAACCAUAUAUUUUAACUGUACAAUGUUAACUGUUGAUAGUAAUUGCUUAAAGUUGUAAUGUUAACUGAUACAAAUCGCUUGCUUCUGAAAAAGUAGAAUCUUUUUUCUAGAGCGUAUGCAUUGUGGAUUAUUAUGCAACAUGCAGUGAAAAUGACUAGGAUAAACAAAUAUGAAACCUGGAUAAUGUGACUCUUAAGUAUGCUGAAUAAUAUUAUGAGUUAUCAUUUAUUUUCUUGUGCGUGUCGAUACUAAUUUCAAUGAUUACAGGCAAAGAGAUUGCACGGACAUAAAUUAAAAGAAUACACAAUUAAAGGCGGGGUGUCCGAUUUCCCUUAGCCAUUGUUGGUGUUCAAAUCACCAAAACAAACACAUUAGCUCGGCUAUUGUCCGUCCUGUGCAUUGUGAACCUUACUGCUGAUUGGCUACAAAGUUGUUUUGGUAGCCUACUCGGCCCGACUCGGUUGUCUAAAGCGUAAUUCGGAAAUCGGUUACCCCGCCUUUAAGACAAAAUGUUCAUCUAAUGGCAUGAUCAAAUGUAACACAUUCAUGUAGUCAGGCAUCAAUACACAUCUUUUUGUUGUCUAAGUUGCAAGAAGGCUUCUGAUAAACAUAGCCAGUGGUAUUACUUGCAUGGUCGUAGUUACUUCCUUUAAAGUAAAAAAAUGACAACAGGGUGAGUAAAUUAUGAUUUAUUCUGAAGGUAUACUAUUCCUUUAAAGGUACAGUGCGGGAUGUUUUGUAUGAUCUAUUAACAGAAAUGCAAUAUAACAUACAAAACUGUGUCUUUAGAUGUGCAUAAAAACCUUACGUAAUGAAAAGUUAUGUUUUUAUUACCUUAGAAUAAACCAGUUGUAUCUACAUAGGGAGCGGGCCUAUCUACAUCGAAUUUGUUAUGUUGCGCAGCCAUGUUUUGUACAGUAAGCUCUAACGGACAAACAGCUCUACAGAGCGCGUUUCGUAUAUGUUGGUCUUCGUGUGUGUUUUUAGACGCAGCUUGCGUCAUCACUGAGUUGAAGACGCACAAAGUAGUAAGUCAUAGUACGGAGAGGAGGAGGAGUAGUCGUCGUCUAGCUGAAGCAAUUGAUUGUUCUGUCUAAAAUGGAGGACCAUGCGUAUUGUGCACAAGCGCCGACAUAGCGUGAAUCUCCGUCGUCAAAGAAGCGCAAACGUGAUGCUGCCAGACGAAUUAGAGACAAACGGCGGCAGAAAUCCAGGAUAAACAUCGGUGUAUCUAUUACCAGAUGGAAGGCACUGUUGAAAGACAAAUGUUUUCAAGGCGAUGCCGAAGUUGCCUGUUUUCUGCUAGACUGGUAAGAUAAUUCAACAUUUUCAAUGUUUCCACUUUUUCAGUGUUUACCAAACAACUGUUUUGUUGAAACGGUAACGUUAGCAUUUUAUACAAAUGGCCAUAUAACCUCCGAAUAAUAAUGUUUUUCCGUCCCUGCGGUACGUACUCCGGUUGUUCCUGACUUUACAAAGGGGGAGACAAACGUCUACUAACUUACACCUAACUGCCUAUGUCGCUGUCAGAUCAAACGCUUUGAACAGCGUUGCUAUUUACAAUUAGCUAAGUUUAGUUCCUUCACUACUCUCAACGUGUACUAGAUAGCACGCAAGAAAUAGAUCUAAUUAUAGAAUUGUAACAGUAACUUUCGCAAUAGAAUACAUGUUAAAUGAUUAAUUACGUUAAUAUAUUGCCUUACCUGCUUGUAUCACUACUAUCCGCUGUCUCAGUAGACGACAUCUUUUUUUACUAUUGUGGCCACCAUCGUAAUUCGAAAGGGAGGGGUGGGCAAAUGACUCAGAGAUUCGUUGCAAAACUAUAAUACAAAGCUAGUGGCCGCUGAUUUUCAAGAACUGCGCCUUUAACGUUGACAAAUUGACCAUUAUUGUUAUGAAACUCUGUGUAAAUGUUUUGAUUUCAGUAAUGAGAACUUUAGAUGUAACAGUUUAAAGUUAAAUACGUGAAGCCGCCAAACAAAACAAACUGUUGACAAACAUGACAAAUUAAAAUCUGUGAAAAACUGACAGGGGGCGGGACAUUGGCCUGAGUGAUAACAACAGGUCUUAAAGCAGAAAAAAACAGGAGAAAAGCAACAGAUAUCAUGAAGCUUUGCAACAUGGUUGUCAUAGAUUUCCAUCUUUUGAUUUAGGUGUCACAUUAAACAAACAGGAAACUCAAAUCCAAUCCUUAAAUAUACACAUCCACAUAUAAUUCUAUCAUAAUUAUUCAUUUACAUAUUAUAUAUAUAUAAUAUUAAAGCACUCUUGUGAUAGACAAACAAAAUGUGACAGAUUCCACUCUUCAAGGAGUGUAAAACUGAGCAGUCUGCUGGAUGAUGGGUAAAGCAAUAAUUCAAGACAGUUCAGACUGGCUGGUGACUAGGAGA